AUGGCCUACCCUCCCCGGAAAGCCUUGGCCUUCAGGCUCACCUUCCUCGCUGUUGGCUUCCUCUUACUAGGGAUAUUGCCACGACCCACCGACGCCGUCCACCGCUACAACGAGCCCAAAUGCUGCCUCGAUGCCGUUGCGUCCAAUAAAUUUACUCUCAACAUCACAAGAGACCCCGACACGGGGGCGAUCGUUUCCGGCGAGGCUCCCAUCUGCGGCCAGAUGUACAACGGCACCCUCACGCCUGCUCCCGAGAUCAAAGUGUCCUAUGACUACUGUAUGAAAAACUGUGGGGGCUUUGGACUUUCCAAGGGCGACGAGCCAGGCCAAUGGGCCGCUCCUAUUGUUCAGUUCUUGCUUCCGUCCGUCAUCUUCAGUAUGAACGUGCCGAGGCGGCAUAUCCUUCUCUCGACUAGUCGGUUCAAGGACUGGAUAUGGAGGAUACUUCCCCGGCCCCAGGAUGGGAAAGCACGCAAGGCAGUGACAUUUCUGGUGGGGAUCGUGUUGCUGGCCCUGGAUACCCUUUCUGGGGCGUUCGAUGCGUUGCUUUGGAUUGUAGUGGUGAUGGGGAUGGCCGGGCCGAUGAUGGUCGGUGGACUUCAUGAGGCAGUUUUGGAUUACAAGAUUGUGAGGGCUUUGAAGAAAGGGGCGCAUAGACAGGAAGGGGCGAAAGGAACGCCCCCAACGUUGCAAAGCCUGAGGGAUACGGUCGAGAUUCUGGUGACGGCUAUUUCAGGGAACUUGGUCAUGGGAGAAAAGGGGGGCAAUCCGGAGGACGAGAUCAAGAAGGCUUUGCUGGCGGACUUUCCCGAGCCAGAACUUGAAAUCCCAAGCGACCAAAGUACACUAUCUUCUCAGCGCACAAUAGGACCCGUACCGCAGAUCCCGCCGAUAGCUCUUUUGAGUCAGAUGGAGCCCUCGGGACAAGACAUGAAUGGCCCCCAAGAGCCCGAAAGGCCCCCCAUCCUCGUGGCACCACCCGAUAUCAAAUUGCAGCCAGUCGACAGAGAAGCCAGCAAAAGGCUCCGCGAACGACUCACACGGCUAAUAUCCUCACAGCUAGACUUCGCCGCCACCAUUGGUGCACCUGUCGUAUUUUACCUUGGCGCCUUUAUCUACACCAUCCUCGACCUUAAGAACGAGCCGUCGGACCAGGACGCAGCCAUCUCGCUUGCCUUUGGCGUGGAGUGGAUGAUAAUAGUGCACGUCGCCAUCGUCGGCGGCUGUCUACUAGCGAGCAACAAUCCAAGUCCAGUGGUCCUGCUCGUCGGCAAGGAAGCUUCCAAAGACAAAGGAUCUACCAAGGACGCCCAGUGGAGGUACUACACGCGAAAGAACGCCUUUGAUGGUCUGUUCCAGCCGGUCAACAUGUGGAAGAGAGGGAUGAACAAGUCCAAGUGGUUGAGGCAGUCUCAGGUGUACCGAAAGAACAAGAAGUUCAGAGACAGAGUCAAGAUCCAUUGGCUGGAGCACUGCGGUUGGAUCAUUCAGACUUUCAUCCUGAUUGCUCUCCCACCAAGUGCAGGAGCAGUGGUGGCCUUGAAGACACCGCCGGUCGGAUGGAGUUGUCGGUCUCUGAGCUUUGUGACGUAUUCGGCUUCGCAAUUUUUGUUGACUUUUGUCUACUUUGCUUACCUGAACAUGUGGGAACGGGAUCAAGCGAGACAUGAAAACAACCAAGGCGAGGAUCCAGAAUCUGGCCAACAAGGGUCAAGGAACACAUAUCAAGCGGUGCACGAGAGAGAAGGCAGUGACACGAGUGCCAACGGUAACGGCAGGUCCUUGGAGGACCUUCAACAGGUUCACACGGCACCUUUUCGCCCUCGGACCCCAAGCAUGGACAUAGACAUGGACAUGGACGACGAAGGCGUCUCGGGUCGUGGUCGAUACAUGUACGGGUUAAGAGAAAUCCCCACAACAACGAAUCUACUACCCUCAACUCCUUCCCCAGGCCCUUCUCCCAGGCACAUCCCCGAUCGCGAUCCUAGCUUCAGUCCAAGUCCCAACCAAAACCUCCUCUCCUCUCCUUAUGAUCCAUGUCCCCCUCGACCUUCCAUUUCCCACCUCCGAUCUAAUACUCCCACACAAAGGCAGACGAUCCAAACCAAGUCCAAGCCCCGAAAGUCAUUCCUCACUCUUUCCAUUUACGCCCUCUUCACCGUCUUUUUCUUUCUCUCUCUCUUCUUGUCAAUCGGCACCACCCUCAUGCAAAUCAUGGGCGUCUACCGCAACUGCUUCUGCUACAUCACCGUGGGGUACUGGUUUGACACUUCAAACCCAGACGCCAUGGUUAACGUUGCAAGCGACACGUGGUACCAGAGGCACUCGAGUCGUAAUUGGAUGGUCAUGGGCGGGGUGGCGACGGCGUUCAUGGCUGCUUGCGCGUAUAUCGGGUGGUGGUUCCAGGGAAUGAUAAGGAGGGAGCUGGCCGGAGUGGUGGAGGGGGAAGUUUGGCCUGGGUAUGGGAAUAAGAAUGUGAAGGAAAGUGGGAAUUGA